AAAGAAAUACAGAGAUACUGCGUUGACCGUCGACCAUUUGACGGGUAAAGACGCAGGUAGCUGUAACGAUUCGUCGUGAUCUUAUUCAUAUCUUGUACAUUUUGCGUGUAUUUUUAUAUAUAAGUAGAUAUAUAAGAAAAUCAUGUCGCAACCCUCGAUAACAGAGUAUUUUAAUACGCGAAAGCGUCAAGCGUCCGAAGAUUUACGAGGUAAGUCCAAAGUUUUGUUGCUGGAGCGAGAACAAUCGAGUGACGAAGCGUACAACAUCAAUAAAGAACGAGGCAAGGACCUCGAUGAGAGCAGUAUGGUGAGCCCAAAAAUCAUCUUGAGGAAUGCAGAGCACGCGGUAAAGGAUUCCCCAAGUAUAAAGAAUGCGGUUCGUAAUAUCCACUUUGACUCACCAAAAGCGAAUACAGAGAAGACUGCCAAGACACCCAAGACACGCGUGCUGCGUUCACGCAGACUGUUUUCCGCGGAUGAACAUCAGUUGGACAUUCGGGAAAGCUUGCAAAAGAUGGAAGCUACUGAUGUGGAAAGUAAGAAAGUGCCCUUCGAGAAGAAGGGUAGUCUCAGCCCGAAGAAGCUGAUGACUCCCAAGAAAAAUUUCUCUAAUGAUGUUCCAAAGUAUGACACAAUUAAGGAGGAGAAGGUAAAAGAUUUAUCAUCUAAUGGUUUAGAAACUCCAAAGAAGAUCUCGACAAUGAAGAGAUUAGCUACUGAGAAUUUGAGCUUAAACGACAUCAAGAACAGAAUCAAUAAAUCCUCUAGAUUGUCAGAGCUGAAAGCUUCCAUAGCAAGACUUAAAAGCUAUGAUCAGCAAUUAGAGAGGAUACAAAAGCAGAAUGACCUUAAGCCUCAAAUGCAGAAGUUUGAAAAAAUAGAACUUGAGAUUCCUGUGAGUCCGCAAAAAAUUGCCAGAUCUCCAUCUAAGAUCUUAUCUACUCCAACCAAGAAUAGAGACAUCUUAACAGUGAGUCCUCAGAAGAAAAUCUUGUUCGAGCCUAAAGAAACAACACCCAGCCCUAUGAAGUGCAGUCCUACUAAGCAACUAGCUUAUCAAAAGCACCUGGCAAUUACUGAAACCAAGACAUCAUCAUUAAUAUUGCCCUACAAUUAUAGAUUCUUAGCUGAAGUGUUCAGAUGUGUAGAAACGGUGUCAGCAAUGUUAUAUAACAGAAAGGAAUUGAUAACAUUUAGUAAGUUGAAACCUGCAGUCCAAGAAUUGUUGCGACAUAAUUUCACACAGGAUCAUAUGGCUCAAAUAAAGACUAUUUAUCCUGAGGCAUAUAUCUACCAACAAGAGAAGCAUCGUAAAUUUGGUUCAGUAUCCAAAACUGAGAAGUAUGAGUUGGUUCUGACGCCUACAGUCGAAAUAAGUGAUAGCAAAAAUAUAAUUGAUGAAGAUAAUAUAUUGAAAUCUGCAUCCAACAAUAAUAUGGGACCUACUAUAUUACUCGACAGGAAACGGAAAUUUUAUAAUAUUUUACUAGAGAGAGUCAAAGAAGAGCAUAACAAAUUUUUGAUGAGCUUGGAGACCCCGAUAAUUAUAGAGAAGGAAAAGAUAAUGCGUUGGCAUCCUGAGUUUGAUGUAGAAGCAUGUAAAGAAAUUGAAAAAGCUGAAUUACCACAACCGCCUCAAGCUGAGAAGGCAACUGCCAAAGAUGUUCUUGACAAAGUUAAAUCUUUGUUGAACCCUGGUUCUCGUAUGGAGAAAGCAUUGCAGCGACUGGCUGAGGCAAAGAUGACUUCGAAGUCGACUUCUGCAUCUCCCACACAGGAUUCCAUGAUUCAAACCACAAAAAAUAAUAUCCCGAAUGUUAAUAGCGCUAUUGUUGAUACCCCACCGAUUACACCAAGUGUGCAUCAAGACAUGUACCUCACUAAAGCAUUCAAGGGAAUUCCCAAAUCUCUACUAGAAAAGGUACGCGCGAGACAGGCGGCUAAAGCGUUAGAGGAAAUGACGAGAACACCAAGCGCAGACAAGGAGGCUACAUUAUAUUCAAGGCUCCCAGAACUGGCGAAAAUACUCCGCAAUAUUUACGUGUCGGAGAAAAAGGGCGUCUUACCAAUGGAGACAGUGGUACAACGAUUAGAUAACUCCUUCAGGAUAAAGUUAACGCCGAAUGAAAUGGAUGAACAUUUACGGCUGCUGUGUAAGCUAUUACCCACUUGGACUAGUAUACAUAAUGUGCGGAAGAUCGAUUAUCUGAAAUUGAACAGAAACGCCGAUGUCGCGAAAGUGAUCAGACGAUUGGAGAUGUUGGCCAAUGACAAAAUCAAAUGAUAUAUAUAUUUUCAUAUAGCGUUCAAAGCAUUGCACUCUGCGUAUAAGUAUGAAUAUUGUUUUGUACACUUGUAUUUUAAUUGAAUUAUAUAUACAUAUAUACUUACGAUUAA